ACCCAACCAAAACUUUGAAAUUCCAUGUCCCAAACAGCGCCUUACCAUUUCUCCCAAACUCCGCACCUUCGCAAUCACUUCUCUAACUUCUCUUCGCCAGCCGCUCCAUAUCGCCGUGCACCUCACGCGAUUUUACCGCCGAAGAUGUCGCUCGCCUCGGGAACCGCGACUCCGACGAUACACACAGUCACUAUAUCAUACACACAGCUCAAAGAGAAGAAUCUUGACUUAUCUUCGAAAAUUGAAGAAGGAUUUGGGCCAGAUAGUCUGGGGAUCUUGUCCAUAUCAGAUGUUCCUGGCUAUUCAUUGUUGCGCCAGAAUCUUCUGCAUCUUGCACCUAGAUUAGCUAACCUUUCUGAUGAGGUAAAGAAGAAACUAGAAGAUCCUGAUAGCAGGUACAACUUUGGAUGGAGUCAUGGGAAAGAGAAGCUCGAAUCAGGAAAACUAGAUAUGCUGAAAGGUUCCUUCUAUGCAAAUCCGAUUAUAGAUGUACCUACAACUGAGGAGUCUCUUAUUAAACGAUAUCCAUCAUAUUGUGCACCAAAUAUAUGGCCACAUGCUGCUCUUCCAGAACUUGAAGUUGCUUUUAAAGCUCUUGGGAAGCUGAUUCUGGACGUUGGCUUGAUGGUGGCUUAUCAUUGUGAUAGAUAUGUAUCUAAAGAAAUGAACUUGCAUAAGGAUGAGGGGCUUGAACAAACACUUAUUCGCUCUCGUUGCCAUAAAGGUCGUUUGCUUUAUUAUUUCCCUGCUAAACUAAGCAACUCUACCCAAGAAAGUGACUCCAUGUCGUCUUGGUGUGGAUGGCAUACUGAUCAUGGUUCGCUCACGGGUCUUACUUCUGGCAUGUUUAUGAGAGAUGCUGUACAAGUAACCUGCCCUGAUAGUUCUGCGGGGCUAUAUAUAAAAACAAGAAAUGGCCAAAUAGUGAAAGUGGUGUAUGGAGAAAAUGAUAUAGCAUACCAAAUUGGUGAAACAACUGAAAUCCUGUCAAGAGGCCAUCUUUGUGCAACACCACACUGUGUCAGGGCACCAAAGGGGGCAGAUGCUACUGAUCUUGAACGUGCAACUUUUGCGCUAUUCAUGCAGCCGGACUGGGACGAGAAGCUUAAUUUCCCAGAAAAAGUGCAUAUUCAUCAAGAGGUGAUUCCAUCUUUGGGAUCCCUUACCUUUGGGGAGUACACUGAGAAGCUCCUAGACAAGUAUUACCACCUUAAACUCUGAUAUUGUGUGCUGCUCGGGUAGACCAUCAAGCAUGGAUCUUUGCAGUACUUGUCUAUGCUUUCAAGAUUCAGGUGACAAUCGACAAAGUUAAGUUGAAUCUGCUAGAAUAUGGUAGUUACACUAUUGCUGCUGCUCGACACUUGCAAGUGACAGAAUUUACAUGUUUCCAAGGUAUAAACAGAUACCAGUUUGUUUAUUACUCAUAGACUAUCUGGGUGGCUGGAGUCUGGGAGUUCUCUUGUUCCUAAAUGGGUCCACUCAGAGAAAAUGGAAAAGAAAUUAUUGGCUAAAUUGCUGACCUCCUUGGUCCACCAACACUUUGGAAACGAUAAACUUUAUUAAUUUAUCAAGAUGGUUAAUUUACCAAAAUUAAGAUAUGCUGUCUA